AUGCCAGGUCACGUUCCGAAAUUAAAGGUUGGUUCACCACUAAUGUUAUUGAAAAAUCUUGAUCCUCGAAAAUUAUGUAAUGGUACAAGUUUAGUUGUUAAGACUUUACUGCCACAUGUUAUUAAAGCAACAAUUACAACUGGUCAUGCCAAAGGUGCAGAUGUCUUCAUUCCAAGAAUUCCUUUGCUACGAAGUGAUUGCCCCUUUGAAUUUAGAAGGCUCCGAUUCCCAGUUACAAAUUGUUUUGCAAUGCCAAUUAAUAAGGCACAAGGCCAAAGUUUAAAGGUUGCUGGAUUGUUCCUGAAGCAGUCUUGCUUUUCACAUGGUCAAUUCUAUGUAGGAUGUUCAACUGUUAGAUGUAAUCAAAACCUGUUUAUAUUGUCCAAAGGAACAACAGCCAAUAUG